AUGUGCACAACUGUGUAUGUGUAUAUACGAGCGGGCCGUCUCAACACGAGGCCAAUACGCCUGAACAGACAUGAAUUCGUGCCCCGGCGCCAAGAAAACUUGAAUACUUAUGAAAUCACAGCUAUAUACAGUAGUGGGAUGGUGGGAAAAGAAUGCUAUGGCUCUGAGAGCGAAGAAGUCGAAAGUGUCUCGAAAAGGCUACAUCGGAUAGAUAUGAAAGCUCCGCAGCGAGCAGUCAGAGUAGCUCUCGAGAUAGUAGUCAUCGGAGAAGUCGUCAAGAAAGACUGGCUCGAGGAAGUUAGGCCAGAGCGAAGGAUCUACGACGUAGGCACGAAAACCCUGCUGUCGGUGAAAGCACGGAAGAGCUGCAGCGACGUGUACUGCGGGCUAGUGGGCACGGAAGUCUCACGGAAGAUAGGGCAAGGCAAUCCUGCAGCGAUUCUGGAGCAGAAGAAGUCUUUGGCGGACGACUUUUUGAACCGUAUGGCCGUAGAAGACAGAGGUGGCACCCCUUGUCAGGUCUUCGAGAAAUCCCUGACAGAUGACCAGAGGAAGUUGAAAAUCCUCGAGCAGAGGGAGUGUCUUUGGGGGAAGGACUUCACAUUUGGGUCUCUACGGCCAUAG